AUGCAUCUGAAGAACAAGUUUACAAAAACACAGGAUAAAGUAAGAGAGUGCGCACUGGAGGAGAUUCCCAGCAUAGGAAUAGAAAGAGGCCUCUAUCUGAUCGUGAAAGGAAGGUAUCUUCGCUCUGUAAAACACUCUGACUCGGAGUACACCGUGUUCAUAUGCUGCAAAAAGAAGAAGCUUCCAAUGACGUACUACGGAGCCAUAGAGGAAGAGCAUCCAGUGGGCCAGCACAUAGAAGCAUUCGGAAGAGUAACAAAAGUAAAAGGAGUAAGAAGGUUUAUAUGCUACAGCAUGAAAUAA